AUACUUACUGAAACUGACAUGCAAGCCAUACAGAAUCGCUGGGCAACUGGCUCUUAUAAAAAUAUAAAUGUGGCUGAACUCAAAAAUCAAGAGACCUGUUUCUUCAGGAGGUAAAAUGGAAACCAAUGGUAACAUGUUAUCACAUAUGUGUUGUAAUUGUAUAAUAUGAUUUAUCACUUUAAAAUGCACCACUUGGUAGCCUGGCCUAUUCACUCAAUGUUAAAUGUUUACUCUAGCAAAUGUUGGAACCUAAUCCUAAGUGUUUUUGCCACUGUAGGAAAUAGGAGGCUUUUGGAAAAGAUUCUUAUUAAGGAAACUGCAGAGGGAAACAGAGUGACCAUGGCAACAGCAGGCAGAUAUCCAGAGAGACCCAGCUCUGGCAGCCUGCUGACUGAAUCCUUUCCAGCUUUUGAACCCCCCUCUAGGGGUUCUGGCCGGGCCAAGGUAGCUGCCAGCACAGCUGUACAGAAAGCCACUGAUGUGCUUCACAACCUUGGCAGACUGAAGAACGAGAUGCAAGGCCUGUUGCAGGAAGGACAGCAAUGGAAACCAAGUGUGCAACAUCACUCCAAGCUUCAUGACACAUUUACAAUGGAUCGUAGUGUGUAGGCGAGGCAGAACAUGAGCCACAAAGCUAUCGAUCCAACGCCUCUUCAGCAGCCUCUGCUGGCAGGGGCUGCUUCCCCCAUGGAUAUUGCAGACCUGCCCCAGCUCCCUCAGCCCUCUUUUCUCCAGAAUUCCAAGGCCCCCAAGUUCAUGUUUGAAGACGCUGAAAGGAUACUGCGACAAGUGAAGAACAACAAGAAAGUCCUUGAAGAAAACUUGGAAGCCAUUAUCCGGGCAAAAGAUGGAGCUGCCCUACACUCUCAGAUUGAGGCUUUGUCAACCAACAGGAAUGCAACUGAAGAGACACGAAUGAAGAAGACGGUGGAUGCUUGGAUUGGCGCGCUCAGUGAGGACAUUCAGAAUGAAAUUGCAAGAAAAGAUGUUCCAUCACUUAUGAAAGUGAAGGAGAAAGAAGCUGUUACUGUUUCAUCUCAGAAGGGUCGUGGUGCCAAGGACAUGAAGCUGCACAGAGAUGUGAAAAAUAAAACACAGAGUAAACUAGUAACUCAAAGCUCUGUGAAGCCCUUCCAGAACCCAGCAGGAGAACCUUCUUAAAGGUCUGGUGUAAAGAAUAGACCAGUAACUUUUCAGAGGAAAGAGAAAGCUGCAAAGUUGACCACAAAGGAAGUCAACCUCUAAGCAAACCCAACUCAGAUCAACCAUCUCAACCUGCACUUGACUUUAUUAUGGAGCCGAGCCUGUGAUACUGCAUCUUAGGUGCCACUGGUUAUGCAGAAGUCAGUAAUGGAGGAUGAAGACUAUCUCUCAAGGGCUUAUGGGAAGGCUUUGUAUCAGGGCCAUCGCAGCAUUCUGAAGAAAAGCACAUAUCUCAGAUUGAACUCUGCUUCACCAAAAUCCAAACCCCAGAGACCCAAAGUGGUGGAAAGGGUCAAAGGAAUCAAGAUGAAGUCUGCCCGAACUCAAACAAGCCCAUUCCCACUUAAAUUGGCAGUGACCAGACCGAUAAAGCAGCGACCAAUUUCUAUAACGCUGCUCCCAGAGAACCAAUACAUGUUCAGCCCCUCUGGAAAAGAGCCUUUGUCUGUUAUACGGUCAAGUUGAAGGGCAUCUGAUCAAUAUGGCCAUUCCAUUGGGUGAGCCAAGAAUGGAUGGGAUAGCCCCACAACCUAGAGGUGUGAUUAUCACCCCGGUAUCCUGUCACAGUAACUACCUCAAUCCCCCCAUCUCCCUCCAAGCAGAAGACACAAGUGAAGAAGCCCACCGUUGCUGUGAUAGAAGUGAGAUCAGAACAAAAAGACCCACCCAAGUUGUCUGUGCAAGUAAAAUAUGCAUUUACCACUGGUUUGCUAAUUGUCUUUAUGGCAACUCUUCCUAUAGACAGUGGACAAAAAAAAUGGAAACACUAAUGUAAAGUCACUUAA